AGGCCUCAACCCUAGUCCUCCUCCUGGUAGUGGUCCUCAGUCUUGUUGCCUUUGGCUUCGCCAUUGCAGCUGAAAGAAGAAGAAGCACUAAAUAGAAUCCCGGGGAGGAGAAGUUUUUUGCUACCUUUGGAGGAGCUUUCUAUGCCUUGGCUGAAUUAUAUGUAGCUCCAAAAUUUGGUAUGCUUUCCUCAGUUUUGCAGAAACUUCAAAAACUGAAGCCUUGGGAUAUUGAUACAAUCAGUUGGAAAUUGCGGAUAAAAGAAGAAAAAGACAAACUGGCUUGCAGCUCCAAAACUUGAUGAUGGAAGCAUUGAAGAGCAAAGAAAGAGAUUAUCUGGUAAACAGAAAUGAUGUGGGCUGAUAUGGUUGAAGAAGCAACAUAAGGUUUGUCAGAUAAGACCAACAUAAUACCUCAUGAGCGUACAAGUAAAGAAGGGUCACAUCACUACAGAUACACUCAACAACAACAUUACCUACUGUGUUUACAACUCUGAUAUUGCAACUGGCUAUGGAGUUGGUGCUUUCUUAUUUCUUCUCUCAAGUGAAUCACUUCUAAUGGGUGUGACAAAGUGUAUGUGCUUCGGAAGCCCACUAGCCCCUGGAGGGAUGCGUGCUUGGUCCAUCAUAUAUUUCAUCUCUUCUUGGGUGACUUUCCUCAUAGCAGAAGCAUGCUUGAUAGCAGGUGCUACCAAAAAUGCAUAUCACACAAAGUACAGGGGAUACAUUUUGGCUCAGAAUGUGUCCUGUGAAUCUCUGCGCAAGGGAGUGUUUGCAGCUGGGGCUGCCUUUGUUGUCUUUACUAUGAUUCUCAACGUCUUCUUUUACAUAAACUUUGUGAAGGCCACUUCUCAAGCUGCUCGCAAAACCACUCGUGCACAAUCUUCGGUGGGGAUGACUGGUUAUGCAUGAUAAUGGAAAGCCUAGCCUUUCAUUUUCCAAGGUAAUGGAAAUAGGGAAAUCUCAACAAUUUUGAACUAAAUGAUACUUAAAGACUUUGUCGGUAUUGCUAAUGCUAUAAGUUAAUGAAGGAUAAUCCCUAGCUAGAAACUGUGCACAGUGAUAUUUUAAGUGUUUGUAUUUCUGCAAUCAUGGGGCUAAAAGAGCAGGAUCCUAAAGAGUGGAAUUGGACAGUCUCAAUAUCUCUGGGUAUUAUACUUUUAUUAGGUCUUGGGAGCAUUGUGACUAUCUCUAUGCAUGCCUUGACUGUUAUAGUUUUGUGAACUAUGUAGUAUGUACUGGUAACCAUUUCGCUACCCCGGUUACUGCCUUUGAUCUUGUGAAAAUACUGAGCAAGUGUGCUAGUGUUUGAGACUUGCUCUGUAGUGGCCAUUUUGCAAUGAUCGUAUACAUUACUUGUCUGGUUAUAAGGUUU